CCACCUCUCCUCCCGCCAGGGUCCUGAGGAGGAAAGUGCAGAAGAUGCACCCCCAGGGAGCGGCGCCUGCCAAGCAGGCCCAUAAAAGGGGAGUCCCUGCGUCGGCAGCACUGACGGCCACUUCUCUCCCCUCCGUCCCUGCCGGGAUGGGGCCGUGGUGUGCCCCGUGGGUACUACUCUCCCUGCCGAGGGCCCUGAAGGGCCAGACCUCACCCCCACGGACAGUCCCCAGCUCAGUUUCGCAGAGCUUCCAGGAAAGCCAGGUCAGGGGCUGGGAGGGAGGGGGAGGGGGCCGGCCAAGUGCAGUGCAGGGAAUCCAGCCCGGCCAGCCCUGCUCUCGGCACCCCCGUGCACCCCUGAAGCCAGCAGAAGAGGACCCUGGAUUCCCUCCGUAAUCCCCACCCGUCCCUGAGAGGUGGACAUAUCUCAGUCCCUCUGCGCAGAUGAGGAAACCGAGGCCCAGAGAGGCCAGCCAUGGGCCAGGAUCACCGUCCCCACCAGGCCCAGGGCGGCCUCGGGCUCCUGCCUGUGUGACCUGGGCAGGCCCAGCCUGGGAGCCGUUGCCUAGUGCCACGGGGGGUCCUGGGCCGUCCUGGACUCUGCCGACCCCCAGCCCCUUGAGGCUUCAGGGCGAGUGGUUUGUCCCCGGCCUAGCGGGCAGUGCCCACAAGCCAGAAGACAGGUCCCUGCUGAGCCCUUCCACAGCAACGUUCUCGCUAAAUGAAAACAACCUCUUGGAAGUGGCAUAUGCCAUGAUCCGGUGCGUGAGGACCCGGGGCCUGUACCCCCAAGGACGGCUGGGGGGCGGGGGACAGGCGCUCAGGUCCUGCGGGGCACAGCCGGGGCUGGACAGAGAGGGGUGCUGCAAGUGUGAGGCCGGGCCUGCGGCUGCUGUAUUUGUCAUGGUGGGAGGACAGAGGCGUGGCUGGGCGCUCCCAGCAGGCGUCCUGGCCCAGGAGACCCUGAUGUCCAGUGUGGGGUGGCGACUGCUCGGACAUUGCACCCAGGAGACAAAGGGGCAAAACCUUACCCUUCCUGGAUUUGGAGGAAGCCUGGAGAAGGUGGGCCGAGCGGGCAUCUGGGGCGGAAGGCCCGGGACUCACCUGGACAGGAGGAAAGAGGGCGAGUGCAGCCGGGCCCAGACCGACUCCAGCCCUGCCUUAGGCCAUAGCCCUCGGAGCACCGGGCCGAGGAAGGAGCUGAAUUCUGAGCUGAGGGAGAAACUUGUCGCGUUUGUCCAGACGCUGGGCAUCUCCCGUGACCACACUGCCUUUUGCCCCAAAGCAGCACUGGGAGGCCCCCUGUCCUGGGCCACCCUGUCCCACCUAGGUCCCCCCACCCCGGGCCACCCCCUCCCCACCUAGGCCCCCUGCCCUGGGCCACCCCCUCCCCACCUAGGUCCCCCCACCACGGGCCACCCCCUCCCCACCUAG